AUGAUGAUGAUGAAGACGAGGACAACGAACACUACCAUCGCGCUCAAUUCCGCGCAAGUCCCACCUUUUAUACCUUUCCGCAAGGCUAGUUGGGAAAUUUUCAUUGAGCGUGUGACCCGAGAUCAUUGCCCAGAUCGUAAGGAGAAACUCGAGGAGUCCUUCAUAGAGCUUGGCCACUUUACCAACCACGCCCCUCAAAACCGCACUGACAACAACUUGCGUCUAACUAGGAUUCAUAAUGAGAUACGCAAUUUAGGCGCUAAGGUGCAUCCUCAUUACGACGUCUUCAUUUGUGAGCCGAACAUGGGCCUAUGGAAGGUCGUUAUGCAAGGUCCACCCGAGAGCACGCAUGGCCGCAUCUUCCACUCCAUUCUGGAUCGCAACUGGACCGUAGAUACAAGCACCAAGGAUUUGAUCGACACUGUGUACUCGCUAUUGCUUUUACCGGAGUUCAGCGACCCAGUCAACACAUUGGUAACGCUGAACUACCACUGGAACGAGGUCAAGUUCAAGGAGGAAGCUCAGGUACAUAUUGCCAAGCACGCUAGCAAGACUAUGGAGCAAUGGCGUCAGGAGAUUGUUAGCUAGGUCGAAUGGGAAAUGAGGCAGGGAACGAUCACUUUCAAGCGAUAGCACAGAGACGUCAUGCGUGGGGCUUGCUUCAUUCAUCAGCAACUUGAUACCUAUGAGUAACAUUGUAGCCUAAGCACAGAUCCGCUACGGGUGCAAAGAUAUUUACGCUCUACUAAGUGUCUACCAAGAAUCAUAACUUUGGUUUUCAAAACCCCUCGUAAGACCACCUUUUGACAUCAUCAAUA